CAAACGAUUCGGGAUAUAAUACUCUUUCAAAACAUGUAUGAUAACCAUUCGUUCAUAGCUGACUAAUAAAAUAACGAAACCUUGAAAUAUAAGUGCAUAUUAUGUUCACGUGUCGAAUGAGUUUCAUCUUUACAAAUAUGAAAGCCCCAUUCAUUGUGUUUGAAAGUUUGAAUAAAAGACACACACCGUUGCUUUCUAUAGAAAAAUAAACAUAACACUCUGUGUUUGGGGGUACUGAAUGGCAAAUACAAAGUUUUUAGAGUUGUACUAGCCCCGGUUUCUAGCAUGGUCGAUUGAUUUGCUUCUGUUCAUUGCCGUAUAUUCUAUAGAGCCAGGUAAAUAUGUAGUUAGUUGCCAUAGAAUCAUAUCGCGGUGUAGCCUGCUUGUUUAUGUUCCCUCAACGAAAUGGCUGAUGCGUUGCUUGGGGCCUGGGAUUUUGUGGCCAUCGUCGUCUACUUCGUUCUGGUACUCCUGGUCGGUCUCUACUCGUUAUGCAGAUCGAACCGAGGAACAGUCAGCGGGUAUUUCCUUGCUGGGAGAUAUAUGACAUGGCUACCAGUUGGAGCCUCACUUUUUGCAAGCAACAUUGGGAGUGAGCAUUUUGUUGGGCUGGCAGGGUCCGGCGCUGCAGCAGGAAUUGGGGUAGCAGCAUUUGAACUUAAUGCUUGUCUGUUGGUUCAACUGCUCGGUUGGGUGUUUCUCCCAGUUUACAUUGCAAGCGGGGUGUCAACCUUGCCUGAGUAUAUGGCAAAGAGAUUUGGAGGCAGUCGUAUUCGGGUCUAUCUGGCUAUGAUUUCACUUAUCCUCUAUAUCUUCACUAAAAUAUCGGUUGAUCUUUACUCGGGUGCUCUAUUCAUCCAAGAAGCACUUCAUUGGAACCUAUACCUAUCCAUCAUACUACUCCUUGCCUUGACUGCAGUAUGUACCGUUACAGGUGGUCUUGCUGCAGUUAUCUACACAGACACACUUCAAUUCUUCAUCAUGAUUAUCGGGGCAUUCAUCCUCAUGAUUAUGAGUUUUGUCCGCAUCGGUGGAUAUGAGCAACUCCGAGUAAAGUAUAUGAAUGCUAUACCGAACACAACAAUUCAGAAUCCGGAUACUUCUUGCGGAUAUCCGAGAGAAGAUUCUUUCCAAAUGUUACGUCACCCAACUAACUCUGACAUGCCCUGGGCCGGGUUCCUGUUCGGUCAGACACCGGCAUCUAUUUGGUAUUGGUGCACGGAUCAGAUGAUGGUACAGAGAGCCCUCGCAUCCAAGAGUCUGUCUCAUGCACAGGGAGGUUGCAUCUUCGCUGGAUAUAUUAAAUUUCUCCCCAUGUUUCUAAUGGUACUGCCCGGGAUGAUCAGCAGGAUCAUGUUCCCAGAUGAAGUUGCCUGCUGUACAGCCGAAACGUGCAUGGCGGUGUGCGGUAGUACCACGGGGUGUUCCAAUAUUGCAUAUCCUAGACUAGUCAUGUCUGUCCUUCCCAUGGGCCUGCGUGGUAUAAUGCUUGCUGUGAUGCUGGCCGCCCUGAUGAGUGAUCUAACAUCCAUCUUCAACUCAACCAGUACUCUGUUUACCAUCGAUGUUUGGACCUACUUCAGAAGGAGAUUUAGCAAGAAAGAGCCAGGGGUCAAGGAACUCAUGCUUGUGGGCAGAUUGGUGGUCUUAGUAUUGGUCGUAAUUGCCAUUCUAUGGGUUCCCAUUAUCCAAGAGAUUCAAGGAGGACAGCUCUUCAUCUACAUCCAAGAGAUCUCGGCUUACCUGGCCCCACCCAUCGCUUCUACCUACCUGGUCGCUAUCUUGUGGACCCGUGGGAACGAAGAGGGGUGCUUCUGGGCGCUGUGUGCAGGAUUCUUCGUGGGCGGUAUCCGAAUGAUCCUCGACUUCGUCUACAGAGCACCGCCAUGUUGGGGAGAGCCUAUCUACAGGCCAUCGAUUGUAGCUAACAUGCAUUACAUGUACUUCGCUCUCUUCCUCUUUUGGUUCACCAUCUUGGUCAAUGUGGUGGUCAGUCUCCUCACUGAUCCACAAGAUCCCCGGAAGCUUAUAAGGACAACAUGGUGGACUCGUCUGAGUCGAGUGGAGCGUGAAGAUGAACUGACUGUCACUGAAGAAGAAACCAAAGAAAUGGAAAAAGACGAUGAGGUACGUUCCGAUGAACGGAGCCACGUGCGUCGAGCUUACGACUGGUUCUGUGGUUACGACGAUACCGCCAAAGGGAAGGAGCUGCUCAAGGAACAACAAGAACGUCUCAGUAAGAUUACGUCACUUAAACAAGAUCCUCGGGCCAAAGUCUUUCUCAACAUCAACCUAGUACUUAUCAUUGGAGUCACUACAUUCAUGUAUCUCUUCUACUCAACAUAAGCCAAUGAAGUACACUGAUUUUAAGCACAAAAUUAACAACAAAACUAACGGUUAAAUAAACGUCUUAGUUUUCAUGUUUGUUUGUUUGUUUUCUUGACAUUUAAAUAAGAGUUAUUUUGAUAUUUUUAUAUGAUUGAAGACGAUGUCAAUUACUAGCAUAGGCCUUUAUGAAAGAGGGACAAUUUGCCCCUACUGGUAUAUUUGCGACCAAUACAGCCACAUUAGGCUUCGUUCAGAUACGACACGGCUCUCGCAUUGUUGUUCUCUUGUUAGGGGAAUCCCCCGUAAAGCAGAGUCCAGGGCCCUCUCUCUCUAUAGCAGGGAUAGUUACCCCUUAUUAGGCUAAGGUCUGGAUAUGCCGCUUAUAGUAUAUGAUCAAAAAAGCAAAUAAAUGUAAAUUUAUGAAUAAAACUUUAUCAGAUACAUAUAUAAAAAUUCCAAAACCAUAUUUACAAGCAACAAAGUUUCAUUUUUAUCCCUAUAUUUUACCAUCGAGUAUUCGUAUAACAUUUCCACUGCUUAAAAUUUCUAGUUGAGAACGAAAUCAAUUCUAUUUACUGUAAUGUAGAGAAGCAACAAAAAAUUUGAACGCAAUAAAAUAUUUUGAUAUGCCCUUUUGUGAUCGUAUAAGCUUGAUUCGCAAUAUUUGUAUAUUUUAAUUGUUUCUAUCGUGAGUACAACUUGAUGCUGUUAUUAUAUGUUUUAAUAUAUAGACCUUUCGUAAAAUUAUGAUUGAAUGCAAGAAUUCCAUUUUAAGAUAUCAAUGUCAAACGGGUACAUAUCACACUAUGUAUAUGUUUUAAUCAUAAUGUUCAUUGUAGAAUUAAGUCAGUUAGCUUUUAGAACAAUAUAUAUCAGCUAGUGAUGAUAUGGUUUGAUGUUAUCUUUUGGUGGAAAUUCAUGUGAUAAAACUGCAUUUAUUACCACAAGACUCUAUGACCCGUUUGAUGAGUAAUCAAGUUUGCGAUAAUCUAAGGCCAUAUUUCAUUUUCUUAGAAGGUUAGACAGGCUCAAUUUGGAUAGGUGCAACCAGGGUAUCAAUAACUGUGACGGGUUCGGUCAGUGCCAGAAAUUCAUGGCUAUACUCCAGAGUAUUAUUUACCAAUCGGGGUUAAGGAAAGGAUGGCAAGAUUUCUUCCCAACUGAAUACUUUUGCUCUAAAAGACAACACAUAAACCUCGUAUACAUCAUUGAAACGUU